AUGCCUCAUUUGAAGUUCUUUCUGUUUACAUUGCUUGGCUUUUCUGGUCAAGCAGUAUCUCAGCUGUACAGCAAUUCGACUAUUCCUGAAAAUAGAUCCGUAAAGAUCCAGUGGUUGGAUCAGAAGCCUGCCUACAAUCCUGGUACGACUUUUGGAGUGCCAUGGCCUCGAGGAAGAUAUCAGGCAAACGACACGAUCUUUGCGGUAUCGUCUGAGGGUAACCCUUCGGUCGCAUCCGAAUCUUGGAUCACAGGAUACUGGUCCGACUCUUCGGUCAAAUGGACGGCUCACGCGAUCGCAGCUGGUGUGACAGAGGAAGAUUACACUGUCACUGCUAUGUCGAAGAACUCGACGCGCAGCACUCUUGGAAAUACCACUUUGACGGCGCAUAACAGUCCAGACAUUAUCGAGAUCGAUACUGGCAAGAUUGCGGUCGCNUUUCCGAAGACUGGCAAUGUCCUUGUGAAGCAGAUAAAGACGUCGAGUGGUCAGGUUGUUGGACAAGACGGCAAACUCAUCCUUCGUUCACAGUCAUCCGUUUUAGACGACGAAGACAAGCAAGAUCAAUCCGCCCCCGAGUAUUUCAACUUUGAGAGCAAGAUAAACAACGUCACGGUCUCAAAGGACAACACCGCUCGUGCUCUGGUCACUGUUCGCGGUGAUCAGCGACAAGUCCAAGAUGGAAAUUCGUCAGUUUCCGCGCACAAAGAUUGGCUCCCCUUUGUUGUUCGUUUCUAUCUCUAUUCGAACUCGGAGUCAAUCAGGAUCGUACACUCAUUGAUAUAUGAUGGGGUACCCAAGAGUGACUUCGUGCGCGGUAUUGGUCUUCGCUUUGAUGUUCCCCUCGAGGAUGAGUUUUAUGAUCGCCACAUUCGUAUUGCUGGUGUGGAUGGUGGGGUCCUGAACGAAGCUGUCCAAGGCAUCACAGGGCUUAGAAGAGAUCCCGGACAAGCGCUAUCUUCUGAUGGCUUCACUCUGAAGAAGAGGACAAAAGCUGGUCAGUCUUGGAUCAAUAUUACCGGCAGCACACAAGCUGGAGGACUUGCAUAUCUUGGAGGAGCUACAAAAGGUGGUCUUACUGUCGGGCUCAGAAACUUCUGGAAGCAAUAUCCUUCUCAGCUGGAUAUUUCGAAUGCUGCUACAGAUGUCGGUUCGAUCACUGUUUGGCUGUACAGUCCUGCUGCCCAGCCACUGGAUAUCAGGCCCUACCAUGAUGGCUUGGGCGAGACCGACUAUGCAGAUCAACUUGAUGUUCUUGAGAUAACUUACGAGGACUGGGAAGGGGGCUACGACUCGCCUUAUGGAAUCGCAAAGACAAGCGAACUCUUCCUCUUCGGCUUCGACAGUACUCCUGAGUCUGAUUCUCUUGCAACUUUGACCGACUACAUCAACUCUCCAUCUGUUCUCAUCGCCGACCGCGACCACAUCGCUCACUCAGAAGCUCUCGGGACUUACUGGCAGCGCCCCAAGAACAGCAGUGCAUCUGCUCAAUCUCUCGAGGAUCAUCUUGACUUCCUUACCGACUUCUACCAAGGUCAAGUGUCUCAGCGUAAGUGGUAUGGCUUCUGGGACCACGGCGAUGUAAUGCAUACGUACGAUGUCGAUCGCCACGAGUGGAGAUAUGAUGUCGGAGGCUAUGCUUGGGACAACUCAGAACUGUCCCCCAACCUCUUCUUCUGGAACCAAUUCCUUCGAACCGGACAAGCCGAUCUAUAUCGUUUCGCUGAGGCUCAUACUAGGCACACUGGCGAGACUGAUGUCUAUCACCUUGGUCCUUGGAAGGGUCUGGGAACAAGACAUGGCAUAAACCACUGGUCAGACUCGUCGAAGCAGAUCCGCAUCUCGCAACCACAGUAUCGCAAGGUCUUCUACUAUCUGAUCGGUGGUGACGAAAGAACAGGUGAUCUUCUCACGGAAAUUUUGGAUGCCGAAAAAGCGUUCUUGGUCGUUGACCCAAGGAGAAAAGUUCGAGCUGCGAACAUCACCUACGUCGCCGAUCCAAAGGCUCUUCUCAUCGAUGUUGGUUUGGAUUGGUCAGGACAAGCAGCAGCCUGGCUCAUCGAGUGGGAGCGCCGUGGACCUCGCUGGCAAGAAGCAAAAUCCAAACUUCUCGAAACCAUGAAAGGCAUUGCGAAGUUGAAGAAUGUUUUCGUGACUGGCGAAGCGCUUUAUAACCUCUACAACGGCACCAUCAGCCCCCCAUCCCAAGAUCCUGACAACAAAGGCGUGGUCGCGGUAUCUCAUCUGACCGCCGUGUUUGGCCUCGUAGAAGUGAUUGCAGAACUGACAACACACUUCGGCGACGCUUUGCCUGCAGACUUUGAACAGGCUUGGUUAGACUACUGCUAUUACUUCGGCGCCAAACAAGCAGAACAGAAAGCCAGAGAUGGCGAAGCCUUUGGCAAAUUGAACCUCUACCAAGGACAUUCGCGCUUGACAGCCUACGCUGCGAACAAACUGCACAAUGCGACGUUGGCUGCUCGCGCUUGGAACGAGUUUCACAACACUGACGGGUUCAAGGCAGAUGCGCCAUGGAGGACUGAACGUAUAGAGGGGAGUAAAGUACUUUCCCCUGUCGAUGAAGCAGCUUGGGUGAGUACGAAUGAUGUAGGCCAGUAUGGGUUGGCGGCGAUAAAAAAUCUGGCUUUGAUCGGCGAGUAUCUGCCGUAG